AUGUCCACGAGGGUCGGGGAAAGGCAACUUGAAAGCGUCUCUGGUUCAGUCAAUGCAUGGCGCAAAGUCCUGCGACAAAGUGCACCUUCAUCAGCCUGCGUGCGCACCCAUUUACCGGAAACCUUGAUGGCUAGCCGUCUCAGAACAGCUGGUUCCAGCACCCCGAGUGUCUCCAACCAUGGCUCUCCCAUCGUUGUCUUUGCAAUGGACUUUGGCCCUUGCCAUUUCCCUUGCUCUACAGGUGUCAUCGUCGAUAGCCAUCUCGAUGAAACACUCUGGAGAAUGCGAUCGACUACAGGUUCGGAAGGAAUGAUCAGCAAGUCAGCAAAGUUCGAGAGCCGUUCAUUGCUUGAACUCGCGACCUCCCCUCAACUCGUCUGGCAUUGCGACUUCGAGCUCGAAGUUCACAAAGCUACAGGCGAAGAACUCUUGACGUAG